AGGCAGCCAGUGGGUGUGCUGGGCUGUGGUCCUACUCUGUGUUUCUCACACCGCAAAUCACCCAAAUACGACUAUUUUAACCUACUAUUGGAGACGCGAACACCACAGGAUGAGUUAGAGGCCGUAUUUCGUGUGUGCCAGUGCACUGAAACAUGGGUCGUUGCAGUGUCCACGUCCUUCUGCUGCUCUUGCUGCAGGCCCUGCAGACAUCAGCUGAGGGCUCAGAUGGACAGUUGGUGUGUCUGUGCCCAAAAUGCCCCCAGGGCCAGUGCCACGGUACCCGGUGCUUCUCCUCGGUCCAAGUUGGCAGCAGCGGGUUGGGGUUUGACCAUGGCUGCCUGAUGGGGCCGGAUCAAAUCCGUUUGCAUUGCUCCACGGCUCCGUCCUUCCACCACGCCAUUUUCUGCUGCUCACAGGACAUGUGCAACGGCAACACCACCAGGAGCUCGCUGAUGUCUCUGCUCCCAACAGCCCCAGAAGGUGAGCCUGUUCGCUACCGUGUGGAGACCUUAGCUCUCUUUGUGCUCGGUCCAGUGGUGGUUCUGGUUCUGCUGUCUGUAGUGUCAGUUUUGGCCUGCAGGAGGCUCCAUCACGGCCGUCUGCAGAGGCUGCAGGAGUUUGACACCGAGCAGGGAGCCAUAGACGGCCUCAUCACCUCCAAUGUGGGAGACAGCACUUUAGCGGACCUGUUGGACCACUCAUGUACAUCAGGCAGUGGUUCUGGUCUUCCCUUCCUCGUUCAGAGAACUGUGGCCAGGCAGAUAAGCCUGAUGGAGUGUGUAGGCAAAGGAAGGUAUGGAGAGGUGUGGCGGGGCCAGUGGCAGGGGGAGAACGUGGCUGUGAAAAUCUUCUCCUCGAGAGAUGAGAAGUCUUGGUUCAGAGAGACAGAGAUCUACAACACUGUGCUGCUAAGACAUGAGAACAUACUGGGUUUCAUGGCAUCAGACAUGACUUCUCGCAACUCCAGCACUCAGCUGUGGCUCAUCACCCAUUACCAUGAGAACGGCUCACUUUAUGACUACUUGCAGCGAGUUGCUACUCUCUCAGCUCUGGUGAAACUGAUGAAGGAGUGUUGGUACCAGAACCCUUCCGCGAGGCUAACAGCUCUGCGCAUAAAGAAAACCCUGGACAAGAUUCACAGCUCUCUGGAGAAGGGAAAGGAGUCGUGA